AUGGAGGUUGAACGCAGAUAUGAUGCAGAUUUAUUUUUGAAGGGAACAGAAACCUCACCGAAUAAUAUCACUGGGGUGACGACAAACGAAGCAGUUAACAAAUCAUCAAAGAAUAUACGGUUACCACAAACUGUAUUUCCACGCUUCUAUGAUCUACAGCUUCAAGUUCACAUUCAUGGAAAUGCAGAUACUAAAGACUCCUAUUUUAAUGGAUCUGUCACCAUAGAGAUUCAGUGUUUAGCAGCAACUGCAGAACUCUUUAUUCAUGCUUAUCCCAAUCUUAAUGUCAGUAGGGAUCAAAUCAAAAUAUUUUCAGACGAUAAGGAAGAUUCAAAGAAGACGGAAAUUCCAAUACAGACGAUAUCCUACGAUAAAGACGCUGAAUGGUACCACAUACAGUUGAAAGAUGCACUACAACCCAAUGCAAGUUAUAAACUGAUAUUUGGUCAAUUUAAUUCUUCACUAAACUACGAACCGGUAGGAUUUUAUCUGAGUCGAUAUGCAGAAAAUGGAACUUAUAAGUACUUAGCAAGCACACAGUUUGAGCCAACAUAUGCAAGACGUGUAUUUCCUUGUUGGGAUGAACCUGGAUUUAAGGCCGUGUUUCAGGUCACCAUCAUACGCCACAAGGAUUUUUAUACACUUUCAAAUAUGCCUGUUAACAACACGGUGGCGCUUCACGCUGACUGGCGUCAAGAUCAGUUUCAACCCAGUGUAAAGAUGUCUUCAUAUCUGUUGGCAUUUGUAAUUUGCCAAUUUCAUGGACUUCGUGUUGUGGAUUCCAAGGGAAGAAAUUUUACUGUUUGGGCAAGACCAGAGAAAAUUGAAUCAGCCAGGUAUGCUUUGGAUAUCGGUAGAAGAAUUCUUACAUUCUUUGAAGAUUACUUUGGAGUUCCUUAUCCACUUCCGAAAAUGGGGAGUACACAAUAUCAUAUUAAUUCUCCUUAUCUCACAGCUACUCUGAAGACGAAGCUCAACGUUAAGCCAAAUGACUGGUACAUAAUAAAUAUUGGACAGAUUGGAUAUUAUAGAGUUCAUUACGUUGAUAAUAACUGGGAAGUGUUGACAGAUGAAUUACUCAAGAAUUUCAAGAGUGUUCCAGCUUCUGCACGACCACAAAUCAUCGGUGAUUUAUUCCAUCUCGCGAAUCAUGGUAACGUAUCAUUCACUACUUUCCUGAACUUGACGAAAUAUUUGAGCCAAGAAACACAAUAUGUGCCUUGGACAACUGCCGGAAGAGCUCUUCUCUAUCUUGACCGUAUGCUUCUUUUGGAUGAGAAUUACGGAGGCUACCAAGCAUAUGUACGUCUCCUUGUAAAUGCAGCUGUGAGAGACGUUGAUUGGAUAACUAUGACAGAAGAUCGAAAUGAAGAGAAACACUUCCAUUUGACUUUUUGA